AUGUCGUCGGGAAACGAAUCGACGCCUUCUCAGGCGACGGUUGAAACGACGGCUACGUCACCGGCGAAGAUGAGAGAGUAUCCGAAACCACUGGCGUCACAUGAAGCCAUCGUUAGAGAUCUUGCCCUCUUCUGGGAUACUCUCAGGCGGUUUCACUCCAUAAUGGCCACCAAAUUCAUGAUUCCUGUGAUUGGAGGAAAAGAACUAGAUUUGCAUGUUUUGUAUGUGGAAGUCACGAGGAGGGGAGGUUACGAAAAGGUGGUUACUGAGAAGAAAUGGAGGGAAGUUGGAGGAGUGUUUAGGUUCUCUGCGACCACAACAAGUGCUUCUUUUGUCUUGAGGAAGCAUUAUCUCAAUCUUCUCUUCCAUUACGAGCAAGUCCAUCUCUUCACUGCUCGUGGUCCUCUUCUUCACCCAACAGCCACAUUUCAUACCAAGGAUCCUUCAGCGGGCAAGGAAAUGGCUCUCGUCGAAUAUACUCCUCCGAGUCUUGGAUACAACAAUUCUUAUCAGCCAAGUCAAGGUUCGUCGAGUUUCACAGCCAUAGGUACAAUCGAAGGCAAAUUCGAUUGUGGUUAUCUGGUGAAAGUGAAAUUGGGCUCAGAGAUUCUCAACGGCGUGCUUUACCACUCGGCCCAGCCCACCACACCUUCACCAAUCGCAGGUGUAAACGGCGCCGUUGCGCCUUACUUUGAAACUGGGAAGAAACGUCGCCGUUUGGGGAAAAAGCGUAGAAGCAGACGCAGGGAAGAUCCAAAUUACCCUAAACCGAACCGGAGCGGUUACAAUUUCUUCUUUGCGGAGAAGCAUUGCAAGCUCAAGUCUCUCUAUCCGAACAAAGAAAGAGAGUUUACGAAGCUCAUCGGCGAAUCUUGGAGCAAUCUCUCAACCGAGGAACGCACGGUUUAUCAGAACAUUGGAUUGAAGGACAAGGAGAGGUACCAGAAGGAGUUGCAUGAGUACAGAGAGAAGUUAAGGCUCAGGGGUGCUGAGGAGACAAACGGCAGGGCUUUUUAG